CCAGCCUUUCUUUAUAUGAUGUCUGUGGCCCAAUUGAGUUCAGAUGGUGUAUGCAGGACUGUGUGUAUGUCUGUCUGUCUAUGUGAGAUGAGCUGGAGUCAUAAGGCUGAGUUGUUCCAAAUGGUUUUAAUCAGCAACCCAUUCGGGGAGAAUGGAAAACUUCUGUCAGGAUAAGAACUGAGUUGGAGUCUAUUCCUGUAACCUUUAUGAAGAGCUCUUUGGAGUGCUCUCUGCCUUUCAGACCUAUGACUUCUUGUUCGGUACCAUGGGGGAGUUCAGCAGCAGGAAUGGGAAGAACUUGAAUUAGUUGUGGAAAAACACUCCUUUGUCUUUUUUGUGCCGAUGGAAAGUGGCUGCUGCGAAUGUUCCUGUGAUGUGGAAAAGGGCAAAGUGAGAAAGGCGAAGUGGUCAUGGUUUGUUGGCAGAUUCCCUCUUGCCGCAGGCUUUGUCGCCCUCGGCCCUUCCUUCUGGUGCUGGUGGUGGGUGUCUAUCUUUUCUACCAGAUCCUUCCACCUAUACGGACCAAACGAUUCUUUUUGGCAGUUGAUAAUGGGAGUUCACCAAACAAACUAGCUGCGAUACAGCAAGAGAGGUACAAGGAGGUCUCCUCAAGGAACACUCAUUGCUUCUUCCCUUCCAAUAAUUCACAAACAGUGAAUAAGAUCGAAGACUCCAUUCUUAAGUACUUUGGGAGUCAUACAAGAAGAGCAAUUUUGUACGUUCCUCCUUCCCGUGGUAAAAAAGAACUUCAGCUAUAUCAGCGCAUCCUAGCACAAUACGGAUAUACAGUGACAGUCCUUGAAGACAGGAAACUGAUUGUAGGCCUUGGACAUGAGCACCACUACCAAGGCAAAUUAAGCUCUUGGGAUCUUCUGAUUUGCUUAUCUUCCAGUAAAACCGAUGAUACAGACUGCUUUCCAAUAGAUGACUUUCAUCAGUUAGAAUUAUUCCAGAAGGUAAAUACACUCCCAGAGAUUCAGCACUUGCUUUGCAGAAAAGAAGGAUUAUGCCAGAUAAUUAGAGCGUUCCCAGGGUGCACUGUUGGAUCAUAUAAAAUCAUGGAUCUUUGUUUCAGAACAGUUGACCUCUUCAUUGAACUGCAUUGCAGAAGCCAUUUGAGAGGAAUGGGCCUUUUUAGCUUGAUGAGCACAACCUACCCUCAAUCCAUUUUUAUUCCUAGUAAUUCAGUGCCUCAUGGUCUCUGUAAUCACCACUACUUUUUAAUUUUUUGCACCUGAAUAUAGCUGUGCUGCCCUAGUAGCAAAACAGGGAAUAAACUGCUAAUCUAGGUUGCUUUCCCGCACCCACCACAUCAUCAUUUUAGUAUUCCCCAGAGUAAAUUUCAGAUAAUUUGCACUCAUCCAUGCCCUAAUCUCACUAAAAUGCUGGCUAAAGCAGUUAACUGCACUCUCUAGUAGGGUAAGCAGGUGUCCGGUUUUGUACCGGAACAUCCGGUCGAAAAGGAAUCCUGAUGGCUCCAGGCAGCACUGAUUACCAGGCUGGCAGGCUCCCUGCUAGAACUGCACCGUGGCCCACACAGCUCCUGGAUCUGGAAGCAGCCAGCAUGUCCAGCUCCUGGCCUUAGGGGCUGCCAGCGGGUUCUGCUUGGUGCCCCGCCUCCUGCCCGUAGGCACAGCUCCCAUUGGCUGGGUCAGGGUAGGGGAGGAACUAGCACCACUCAUGAGCGCUCAGCAGGCAGCUGUUGAGGGGUCGCGUGGCGCACACUUCUCCCACUGCUGGCCAGCCCUCUUCUCCUCGUGCUCCUUGUAUGGCUGGGCUGGAGCUGCAGCACGUGCCUUGCUAUGAACCGUGGUCUGUUGCCCCAUCGCCGGCACCCAGGAGUUGGAGGUACGCG